AUGGAGGACGAGGAGAUGGAGAGGAAGGUGCAGCAGUACCUGCACCGCAAGGGCUUCCGCCUCACCGAGCUCGCGCUGCAGGAGGAGCGCAACCGCCUCUCCACCACCUCCCUCUCCGACGUCUCGCUCUCCAGGCCGGAUAACGACCCAGCAAGAUACUAUGAUGGCUACAACAAGCUAAGAUCAUGGGCAUACAAUUCUCUGGACCAAUACAAGCAUGAAUUACUCCGUGUCCUUUAUCCAGCGUUUAUCCAUUGCUUCAUGGAUCUAGUGUCAGAGGGGCAUACACUAGAAGCUCGGCAAUUUUUCCUUAAAUUUCGGGAAGAUCAUGAACUGAUGCAUUCAAGGGAUCUCCAAAAGCUGGAAGGCACUCUUUCUCCUUUGCAUUUGGAGGAAAUGGAUCUGGCCCAAUCUUUAAGGGAAAAUAAAUUCAGAAUUAAAUUAUGUGAGUAUUCAUAUGAAUUACUUCUCCAGUAUCUCCAGAAAACACAAGCUCUCGUGAUGCUUGGAAUAAUCAAUGAAAGAAUAAUUUUUGAAUCCGCUGGGCAGCCUUCAUUGAUCUCUGAUGAUGCGGAUGUUGUUGCUCUGGUUGGAACCAGUAAGGACUUGGCAAAACAGAUAAAUCAGAAGGAAGUGCAUUGGGGGUUGCUUGAAGAUUCAGUUGAGGAGCGCAUGGAGAAAGCACUCUCAGAUUCUGAUAGAGCUGAAGCAGAAAGCAAGGAUGCAGAUGCAGAAGAUAAUAACAAGAAAAAAUCCUCAUUAGGUGGAAAGCAGGGCGGUCCUCUUAACAAAAAGCUCAAAAAGGAUAAGCUUGUAGGCGCAACAGGAAAAAAUACGAAAUCCGAAACAAGCAUGAUUUCUGCAGCACCUCGUGUGAAACCAGAGCUAACCCUUCCAGCGGCGCCUGUUGAAGUUGAACAAUCAAUUCUUGAGGACCUGCGGAACCGUGCACAAUUGAAUAACUUGGCAUUGCCAUCUGUUAGCUUCUACACAUUCCUUAAUACACAUAACGGAUUAAACUGCUCAUCGAUAUCAAACGAUGGAUCUUUGAUAGUUGGUGGGUUCUCAGACUCAUCAGUGAAGGUUUGGGAUAUGGCAAAGAUUGGUCAACCAGCCAAAACAUCUAGUUCACAAGGAGAGAAUGGAUCUUCACAGGACGAGCGCUUGUCAUCAACAUCUGAGGGGAAAAGACCGUAUACAUUAUUCCAAGGUCAUUCUGGACCAGUUUAUUCCGCUGCCUUUAGUCCAUUUGGAGAUUUUCUCCUGUCAUCAUCUUCAGAUUCAACAAUUCGGCUAUGGAGUACCAAGUUGAAUGCCAAUCUUGUUUGUUACAAAGGACACAAUUACCCGGUUUGGGAUGUCCAAUUUAGUCCAGUCGGCCAUUAUUUUGCCAGUGCCUCGCAUGACAGGACUGCUCGAAUAUGGUCAAUGGAUAAAAUCCAACCUUUGCGGAUAAUGGCUGGGCAUCUUGCUGAUGUUGAUUGUGUGCAAUGGCAUGUAAACUGUAACUACAUUGCCACCGGCUCUAGUGACAAAACUGUAAGGCUAUGGGAUGUUCAAACUGGUGAAUGUAUACGGAUGUUUAUUGGUCAUAGGAGUAUGGUCUUGUCCCUGGCAAUGUCUCCUGAUGGCCGAUACAUGGCCUCCGGAGAUGAAGAUGGGACCAUCAUGAUGUGGGAUCUCUCUACUGGUCGCUGCGUUUCACCACUAGCAGGACACAACUCUUGUGUGUGGUCACUUGCUUUCAGCUGCGAGGGAGCAUUGCUUGCAUCUGGAUCAGCUGAUUGCACUGUUAAACUCUGGGAUGUCGCGUCCAGCACAAAGGCCCUGAAGAUGGAUGACACCAAGGCUGGUUCUACGAACCGACUGAGGCUGCUGAAAGCUCUCCCUACAAAAUCGACUCCUGUUUAUAACUUGCGGUUUUCUCGGAGGAAUCUAUUGUUUGCGUCUGGCGCUCUCUCGCUAUAG